AGACAAUGGCCUGGAGGAGAGAGGGUGAAUACAAAAUGGGGGUCCAAGAGGGAACCCAUCUCCUACUGGGCAAGGGCCACCCAAGACCUAUGGGAGGGAGGAGGAUUCCUCUUUGAGCCCCUUUGCAGAGAUGGGUAAAAACGGUUUCUUGGUCUUGUCCCUACACGGACACUGAGCCCCUCCAAAAUUGCCCAUGAAGGGAGAACUUCAUAUAGUCUGACUCAGACGGGCUACGGAGAUUGAUGGGGUUGCUGAAGAGCGUCUUGGGAUCACUGACUUGGCUCUGUGGACCGCUGGGAAGUGCAGUUCUUUCUACCGCACUCCCGAGGAAGCUCCCAUGGGCAGAGCCGGAUAAUCAGAAGGGCAUAUCCUGAAGACUUCUACACCCAGAUGAUGGAUGAGUGCUACCAGAUAUGGGCUCAGCUGGAGCAUGAGGCUGGGACCCAAUUACACAGGCAGACGGGGCUACUGCUGCUGGGAAUGAAGGAGAAUUCAGAAUUAAAAACGAUCCAGGCUACUUUGUCUAGACAGGGCGUGGAGCACCAGUGCCUUUCAGCUGAGGAGCUGAAACAACGUUUCCCCAAUGUUCUGUUGGCUAGGGGAGAAGUGGGGGUCUUGGACAAGUCCGGAGGAGUUCUCUAUGCAGACAAGGCCCUCAGAGCCCUGCAGGAUGCAAUUCGACAUCUGGGAGGCCUAGUGUGUGAUGGACAGAAGGUGAUGGAGAUAAAACCGGGGUUCCCAGUCACGGUGAAAAGUACGGCCGGGAGCUACCAAACCAAGAGCUUGGUCAUCACAGCGGGCCCUUGGACCAACCAGCUCCUCCGUCCCCUGGGAAUAGAGCUGCCUCUGCAGACCCUGCGAAUCAAUGUGUGUUAUUGGCGAGAGAAGGUUCCCGGAAGCUACGGUGUGUCCCAGGCCUUUCCUUGCUUCCUAGGCCUGGGCCUCAGCCCAGCUCCCCACCACAUCUACGGGCUGCCCUCCGGAGAAUAUCCAGGGCUGAUGAAGGUCUGCUAUCACCACGGCAACAAUGUAGAUCCUGAGGAGCGGGACUGCCCGGAAGCAUUCUCAGACAUCCAAGACGUCCAGAUCCUGGGCCGCUUUGUCAGAGAUCACUUACCUGACCUAGAGCCCAAGCCUGCCCUUUUGGAGCCCUGCUUGUACACGAACACCCCUGAUGAGCACUUCAUUCUUGAUCGACACCCAAAGUAUGACAACGUUGUCAUCGGUGCUGGAUUCUCUGGACAUGGAUUCAAGCUCUCCCCUGUUGUGGGGAAGAUCCUGUAUGAAUUAAGCAUGAAAUUAACGCCAUCCUAUGACUUGACACCUUUUAGAAUGAGCCGCUUCCCCGGCCUGGGCAAAGCCCACCUCUGACCCCUGGCCUGUGCCUCCUUUUUGUACACUGGAGCCGGGAAUAAAGCCCUCUGGCUGUAACAUGCCCUCGUGUUCUCCUGCCUCUCUUGAGUCCCCUGUCAACGCCGCAUGAUUGAAUCGACCUUCUCUCCCUGGCCAGCUCUCCAGUCCUCACUACUUUUUUUUGCUUCCGGAAGGUCAACCAGAUAUUCCACAAUCACAGAGUAGCGAGGACCUUUGAGAUGGCUGUCUCGAUAAGGAGGACGCGUAAGGAGUGGCUCACGGGACCAAAGCAGUUGUUAAAAUUCUCUUCGCUGAGGCAUUUGAUAAACCUGGGGUGGAUGCGACUAACGCUGCCCAGGGGAGGGCAAACAGAACGAUGUGUAGACCGCUGCUGCCCUUGGAGUUCCUUUUGCGAAAGCUGGAGCCACCCUCCAUCACAAACUCCCAUAAAAUCUGGCUCACCUUGGGUGCACAAUAAAUGUUUGUUGGAAAAAAUGUGUUGAGCAAACAAAUAAAAAGCUGCAUUGCACUAAA